UCGUGAGCGACGGCUGCUUCAUUCUUUUUACGGUUUCUUUCCGCGCGGGCGACGUGGAAAGCUCACCGUCGCGAUGUGAUGAUGAUGCCCACCCGUUUAUUCCCAACUCCCUUAAUCUAAUCGUACCACUAUCCGGAUCAUUUCCGGUCGAUCGGAUGAAUUAUUGAGCACUGUCGCUGCCGCUGGCCUCUUCCAGCCUAGCUCAGCUCAGCUCACGUCCCGUCCAACUCACGCCACCCCACCACUGCCCGCCUUUCCCCUCCCCGCCGAAAGGAACCUUCGCCGGCCGUCCGGUCCCACCCACGGCGGCCGCGCUGACGCCGCCGGCGGCGGCGGCCGGGAUCCGGGGCUGGGGAUCGGCGGAUCCCGCGGGGCACAUACAUGCUGCCCCCAUGGACCAGCUCCCCGACUCCCUCCCCUCCUCCUCCACAUCGCCGCAGGAGUCGCGGCGGUCGGUGAAGCGGAGGCCGCCGCCCGCGGGGUCCCCGGAGCCGUCGCCGAGGGCGGCUGCGGGCGCGGCGGAGCUGCUCCGGCGGGUGGAGGAGCUGGAGGCGGCCGCGGCGCGGCUGGCGAUGGAGAAGGAGGCCGCGGAGGAGUCGGCGCUGGGCCUGCAGGGCGAGCUGGAGGCCGAGCGGGCCUCGGCCGAGACGGCGGCCAGCGAGGCCAUGCUCAUGAUCGAGCGCCUGCAGCGGGAGAAGGCCGCGGCCCAGAUGGAGGCCCGCCAGUUCCGCCGCUACGCCGAGGGCCGCGCCGACCACGAGCGCGAGGUGCAGGAGGAGCUCGCCUCGCUCUCCGACCUCGCCGCGUCCUACCACUCGCGGCUCCAGUCCCACGGGAUCGACCCCGACACAUUCUCCGACGAGGAGGACGAGGAGCUCUACGAGGAGCAGCGCGGGCACGCGGACCAGAUCGACCUGGUCACCCCCGAGGCAGAGGGGGACGGCGCCGAAUUGUUAGUCAGUGCUGGCAUGGAGGUGAAAGCCAUGGUUGACGACAAUGAUGAAGAUCAACAGCAGUUCACCACCCCUGUGGAGAAAGAGUUCGAGUACACGGUGGAUGUUAGGUGCGCGAGCCCGAAGAUGGCGGCCGUGGCCGUGGUGGGGGAGUACGUGGGGGAUGUAGCCGGCAAUGCAGGGGGUUUGUAUGCGAGGGUGGAGGCGCUGGAGGCGGACAGAGCGGCAAUGCAUAGAGAGAUUGCGGCGCUGCGGGCGGAGAGAGCACAGUUGGUCAUGGCAAGGGAGAUGGCUCGUCGACUCUGCUGGGAAGUGGUCUCUGAGAGGAAAAGCAUUGUUAACAAGGCUGUUGUCCCGGCCAAGAGAUUCUCGGCAUUAGGAAUUUGCAAGUGGUUGCUCUCCGUAAUCUUUUGGAGAAGAAGCUCUACUACCAGGUAUACGUUUGGCUUGUCAACUACGUUCCUUGGCCUCCUGCUGCUCCUCGACAGAUCCACCACGUUGAGUCCAUGGCGGCGUCUGCAUAGGCCACAGCAAUGACCACAGCCUCCGCCAUCCCAUAGCCAAACACAUGUAAAUGCAGAACUUCAGACGAUUGGUUACCACUCUGUUUUGUGCGUGCAUUGCAUUCUUUGAUGAUCUGUUUCUUUUCGUUUUGGCUGAGUACAGCGCAGUAUUGGCGAUGUAAGUUUUGGCUUUCAAGCUUUGAGCUUGCUGUAUAGUGUGUUAUUGAGACUACUAGGCUUGCAUAGCUUGUAAUCUGGAGCUAACUGACGUGCGGUGAGUUGUGGAGUCUCUGAUGUUUCCAGUGC